AUGGAGCCUCCGCGGCGCGCAGCUGCGCCUGCACCCGCGAGAGCGAGCGCGGGGGCGUCACGGGCCGCGACCCCGGCGGCCUCCGGGCCUCCCCGGCCCCGCCAGGCCCCGAGCCGUCCGCACCCGAGGGGCCGCCCGUUCCCUGCCGAGCGAGCGCCGCGUCGGGAGAUCCGCGUCCUCUCGGAGACGGCUGUGCGCGGUCGUCCACGCCGCCGCCACCGCACCACGUUCCCCACCCGCGGCUGCGUCACCGGGAGACACGUUCGCGGCCGCCGUGGAUCGAGCCGGCCCGCCCGAGAGCGCAGGCCGCGGGCCCAGAGUGCCGCCCUGAGGCCCGCUGAGCGCACGACACCCUCGCCGCCGUCGCGCCCCGCCUCCCAGCGGCUUGCGGGGCGCUCGGGGCUUCGGACCCGCCCAGGCCUGGCCGGGAUUCGUCCGGUUGCCAGAGGGCCGAGAGGAGGAGGGCCUGCACGGAGGCCGCCAAGGGAGCGCUGUCCUCCUAGUGCCACAUGGUCAAGUCCUUCCCACCAGCGCCACAGCAACAUCCUCAGAGUCUGAGCGAACUGCGCCCAGAGCGGGCACAGAGCCUCUCACUGCCAGCAACCUGCGGCCCUGGAGAAGACCACAAGAGCAGUGACAGCGCCUAGCCACCACCAUCCCAC